AUGCGGUUUGAUGCGUUUUCAUUGCGAAGUGUCGCUGAUGCAAUAUGGUUAGGUCGUAUCACCUAUGCUGAUGGAUUGAGAUAUCAACACUGUUAUGUUGACAAACUUCUUGCUUUACGAAAACUGGGAUCUGAUUCGAUGAAAAAGAGCUACUUAUUAUUAUUAGAGCACACACCUGUCUAUACUGUUGGAAUAAGGCACUUCCAAUACAAUAAAGAUGAAGAAAACCGGUUGAAGAAACUGGGUGCUGAUUUCUUUCGGACAAAACGAGGUGGACUCAUUACAUUUCAUGGCCCAGGCCAGCUUGUUGUUUAUCCUAUUGUUGAUCUCCAUUCUUUGCAUGUGAAGGGUCCGGACCAGAACUCCACUAUUGUAGGCGUUCGCCGUUAUGUAUAUCUUGUCGAAGAGGCAAUCAUCAAAACUGUUCGUGAUUUCGGUUUGCGUGGUGCAGAUAGAUCGCCCAAUACAGGAGUUUGGUUAGCAAAUGGUAUGAGGAAAAUAGCGGCAAUUGGCAUAAAUGUUCGCGAUGGCAUCGUUAGUCAUGGCUUAGCACUUAACUGCAAUACGGAUUUGAACUGGUUUCAUCAGAUUGUACCUUGCGGUUUAGUUGGAAAAGAAGUCACUUCUCUAACGCAAGAGCUGGGAAGAAAUGUUUCAGUAAAUGAUGUCUUUCCAAUUUUUUGCGAAAAGUUUGCUGAGGUAUUCCAUUUUAAUGUCAAAAUUUGCAGUCCAGAGAAAUUUUGUGAAAAUGAUUAA